AUGGAUUCCAAAAUGUCGCUGUCGUCGGCGAGCCUCGUGACGCACCUGCGGCUGCUGCGCUGGUGCGGCUACUGCCGGCUGGCAGGCGGCGCGCGUCUGUCCCGGCUGCAUGCGCUCUACCGAGCUCUAACGCUCGCACUCACCACGGUCUACCUGCUACAGGAGUGCGUUUACGCCUACCAGGUACAGCAAGAUAUGGACAAGUUAGCCCGAGUGAUGUUCUUGCUGCUGUGCCACAUCACGUCUAUUGCGAAGCAACUCGUGUUUCACCUAAAAGCGGAGCGCAUCGACGAGAUGUUGGCCGGGCUGGAGGAUCCGCUGUACAACCAGCCGGAGGAGGCGCACCGCCGGCUGCUGGGCGCCACGGCGGCCAGCGCCUCGCGCUUCGUGCGCGCCUACUCGGGCUGCGCCGUGGUCACGUGCACGCUGUGGAUCACCUUCCCUGUCAUGUACCGCCUGCAGGGACUGCCCGUCGAAUUCCCUUUUUGGAUUACCGUUGACUAUAAUCGACCAACAAUGUUCAUCUUGGUACUUGCAUAUUCUUACUAUGUAACCACUCUCGUGGGCAUAGCAAACACAACCAUGGACGCAUUUAUGGCUACUGUUCUGAAUCAAUGCAAAACACAACUCAGACUAUUACGGAUGAACUUCGAGUGCCUGCCGGAGCGCGCGGCGGCGCUGAGCCGGCAGCUCGGCUGCUCGUACGACGCGGCGCUGUUCGCGCUGUUCCGCGAGUGUCUCGUGCACUACGAGAAGAUCACUGAGACCGCCAAAAUGUUACAGAACAUUUUCGGCACAGUCAUUCUUAUUCAAUUUGGGAUUGGUGGAUGGAUCCUGUGCAUGGCCGCCUACAAGAUUGUAAGCCUGAACAUGCUGAGCGUGGAGUUUGCGUCGAUGGCGCUGUUCAUCAGUUGCAUCCUGACGGAGCUGUUCCUCUACUGCUACUAUGGGAAUGAAGUCACUGACGAGAGCGAGCGCGUGUCGCAGUCGCUGUACAGCAUGGAGUGGCGACGCGCGCGGCUGACGUUCCGGCGCUCGCUGGUGCUGGUGAUGGAGCGCGCCAAGCGGCCGCUGCGCCCCGCCGCCGGCCGCGUCAUCCCGCUCUCGCUCGACACCUUCGUCAAGAUAAUAAAGUCUUCAUACACUUUUUAUGCGGUUCUUCGGCAGACAAAGUAGAGCGACGAUACAGCGCACUUCCUACUGCUUUUAUAAUAUUGUAGUUUCAAUUGAUUGCUAAAACAUUUACCUAGAUGCACCUAUUAUGGUUUUGAGUUUUAUUUUGAUUGUAU